GACACAUCAUGCACGUCAUGUGAUUCACAGCGACGUUGCAAAACAAUAGUUGAGACAUUUCAGUGAAAAAUAGUGAUGACAAGUCAAUGUCAGACUGUUGUAUCCCCAAUCAUGAACACGACAAACGAGGAGAUGUUUCCUGAAAGAUAUUCAUCACAUUUUUUUGAGAUCUGAGCGUCCCAAAGGCCAUGAUAUCAUCAAGAUGGCGUUGUAUCGACGGAUUUUCCCACAUAAAGACAAGAAAUGUCGGAAUGGAAGAUGGACUUUUCGGUCGCACAAGAAGGACUACAAUUUCUCUUCACCGGAGCUUCUAACAUCACACAAGAGUUGGCAAGCCCCUGAAUUUGACAAGAAUCAGAUCCGACUUCUUGUUUUCAACGAAGGAGACUUGAAGGGACGUAAACUUCUCUUUGACUCCAAGGCCAUCAAGAAGAAUGAGCAGAAAGUGGAGUCAUCUGCGGGCAAGGGAAACCAGUGCAGGUUUAGCUGUUCUUUCGGAAGUAAGAACAAUCUUUCGUCAUCGGAUAAUGCCCACCUACAAGGGUCAGGCGUCCCAGGACCAAAUGGAGAUGUCAACAGCAAAUACACAUUUUUGCGCCCAAGUUCGGAUGUGAAACUCCUGGGGGAGAUGAUGUAUGGGUCUGUAGCGAUGUCGUAUCGAGGGUCAUCGGUCAAAGUUCACACCAUCAAAUCACCGUCUGAACUCAUGCUAUCCCAGGUGUUUGUGCUACGACCAAAGGAAAAUGUAGAUCCAGAAAGGGAUAACAUAAGUCUUGCCCCAGUGGACAUGAUGGUCCCACGUAGUAAUAAACCCACCGAGUCAAGUGCCCGUAGUCUACCUGUAGCCGUUCCCCCUGCUGCAUCCUGCAGCACUCUAGAUGAUGAUAGUGGAGUAGCUUCAAGCUCCAGCAGUUUCUUGACCCCGUUUCCAUCUCCUGGAAGUAGUGUAUCCAGCAACCAGUCCAACAGCCUCCAUCGACGAUGGAUGCGGAACCAGGUUACCAGCAUGGAACACGGAGUCCGACGUAAAUCCUCUGAAACUCUCCUAAAUGUUGAUGAGCCGAUGAAUCGAAGACGUCACCCCAAGAUAGGUGUAGGCGUGGUCGUCACGCUCUUUGACGAGACCGAGCUGGAGAAAAGAAGACAUUUCCAGACGUUCUUCUUCUCUCACUUUACGCUGUUUGAGGGACACUUCUUGAGGAUGUCAAGCGCUGUGGAGAAAGCUCUUACCCAUCAGCGAAGGAUGUUCAUCACCCCAAUUAUGGAGGCUUUAUACGAGUUCCGCUCCUCCGUGUAUUCCUUAUACUGUGCCCCUCGCAUCCAGCGUCCUAUCUGGUUGAAUAUGAUGACUUAUCAAAUGCAGAGGGGUCAUCUAUGUGAGCAUCUUAUGCAUGAGUUACAUACAGAGUUGGAGAUCCACAACAGCAAACAGACAAACUUUUUCUUCAGUCGUCUGUUAACAGCAGUAUUAAUGCACCAUCUUGCCUGGGUUCCAACGGUUAUGCCGGCUGAAGCAGCGCCAAGCCGUGCAUACCUUGACAAACACUCCUCAAUUCUUCUGGAUUUGCUCGCCAAGUCACAUCCUUACAACCCCCUCUGGGCCCAACUGGGGGAUAUGUUUGGUGCAAUCGGCUACCCCUGUAAAGUCGCCAAGACAGUCAUUGUUGGCCGCCGUGCCGACGUCGUCUGCCGUCUACUCUACAUUCUCAGCUAUUUCAUCCGAUGUAGCGAGGUUCACGAAAUCCCCGAACAGAGAGAGCAGAUCUACAUGGAAUACAACAACUUCGACUUGCAGUCUCUAGAUAUGGAAGAGGUGCAUAAAACAGACGUAGGGGGAGCUCCUUUAGAUGAUGAUGGCAGUAGAGAGGUUGCCAUUACGAAAUCGGAGGGGGUGAUGACGCUGUGUGAUUCCGCUGAUAGUGGGUUAGAGAGUUCCUUAGAGAGGUUGCUAGAUUCCCAAGAGGUGGAAGAAGACGAUUCAAAUACAGGAGGGAAAGAAGAUUUCACCGCCAUGGAGUCAAUUAAAACUGUUGGAGUUUCUCCACUAGCCACAGAGAGUAUCGGAGUAACAUCUGGAACAAUAUCUACUAAGGAAAGACCUCUAUCUGGAAGUCUUUAUCCAGAUCUUCAGAUGAUCCUUUCGGAUGCGAACGGACAACAGUCAAGGUCGCUUGAAGCUGAACCUAAACAACCGGAAGACCUCGUCCAAGUGCCUUUAAUACAUACAAAGGAUAUCGAGCCUGCCUGCCCUUGGCGUGAGCGCAUUGCUGCGGUUGGUAUGAGUGCACCAGCAGGAUUAGAGUUUCAGGAUAAAGGGGUUGGACAGAUUCCAGAAAUAUACCCGAGGACCUUCCAUGAGCUGUCGCUAGACUCUAAGCUGGAAUAUUCUGUUCAUGUAGGGCGGAGAAGUGUCGGAGUCGAGGAGUCGACACAUCAUGGUUUUCAGGAUUCAUCUACAAAGACAACUAAAGAGGACUUUAGUCUGUUUAAGAGUGGCCCAGGACACGACAGACCUACUCUGGCAACAGCUACUCCAAUAACAAAGCAGUCUUCAAAUGGAAACACCUCGCCAACUAAUGUUCAGGAAUCAACAGACUCUACUUGUUCAGGGUCAACAACCCCGAGUGACUCCAGUGUGGAUACUGAUGACUCUUCGACGUAUCACUUUGAAACUGUCUCAUCUCAAGACUCAUCCUCGCCUUCCCUGCGUCGACACAAACGAUUUCCCUUAACCAGCCCCCUUGCGCGUGCCCACCAAGAAGCCUUGUUCGCCCAGAUCAGAAACGAGGCCAGAUCCACGGUGGAGCUGAAAAAGCCGAGCGAGAACAUACCUCCAGAAAGGAAAGACCAGAAAGAAUCUGUUAGCCUACACGCAACUACAAGAGGGCAGCAGAUAUCAUCACCACCCAUCACUCAGUAUGUGGACAAUCAACAUGAACCUUCAGGAAGGCAUGAUGUACUUGCCAGGCCGCUCUCCAAUGAGGACACAAGAGGGCAGCAGACAACUCCAGUUCGGCGCCAGACAAGCCAAGAGAAGUGCAGGACUUAUAUGAGAUGUUUCUCCACUGGUUCUAGUGUGUCAUCAGGCUACAGUGAUCGGACACUCAUAGAUCAUGAAGAACUUCCGAUGGCAUUCACCGAACCAGUUACUCCUGAGACUGACCCUGGCGAGACCUAUGUAGACAACUUUGGCCGAUCUCUACUAGGCGGAUACUCACAGACUUAUGUUCCAGAUAUGGCCCUGCAUGGAGUUCCUGAACUAGACAAGAAACAGGUGCUGUCGGACCUGGUCCUGGCCUCACAGAACUCGGUCCUCGAUGAAGCCAUUUCAGAGGCAGUCUGCAUUGUGGCAGACACUGACAAGUGGACUGUGGAGCUUCUAUCCAGCGAGAGGACCUGCCAAUCCCCGGAGAAACCUCUCGGCCUUGAAGUGUCUGUUGCCGAAUGUGUACAUGACCUUAUGGAGUCGGUCUGUCAGAUGUGCCAUCUCAGGAUGCCCUCAGAUUUUUGUCUUAUGCACCUGGAAGACCAACUCCAAGAGGUAUAUUUUAAGAGCACCGCCCUAGCAGCCUAUCUGGACAAGAACCCCCGUGCUGGGCCUAAGGAGAUGACGGCCAUCCUGGGCUUUGAGCCGUCCGAUUUACCCCUCCUCCUAAGCGUACUCAGUGUUCACUCCCCAAAUGUCAUCAAGAACGUGUUGUGGGAGACCCUCGAGAAGAGAUAAAAGAUGACUGAUGUGAUUUCUUCAUUUUUUUAACUAGAAAUCCAGUUUUUUUUUAAGAGAAACAAAAAUGACGAAAUGAAAAAGAGAAAAUCAUAUGGAACACCCCAGAUUGCAGAGAAGGGGCUUUUAAAACCAAAGAUAAAUAAAUGUAAGCAAGGCUUUGCGCUCACAUACCUGUGAUUGGGACAGAAGCCGAGAUUGGGUGGGUUGUCGGGGGAGCAACACUAGACAACACAUUGCGAAAAAAACAGAGGAGAAAUCAGUGUUUCAGUAUAUCGAUUUGUCAUAAAUAUAGAUACAAAUCUUGCAUCUCAACAAAAGGUUUAAGCCAAGUUUUAGGAAAAGGGUGUCCAAAACUUGCUGAAAAAAUUAAUAGUGGGUGUCCAAAUGUUCACUUACAAAGCAGGGUGUCCAAUAGACACCCAGACCCUAACCUUAACUCUCUAGCUAACUCUAUGAUCUCGGCAGGUACUUGUUUUGUGUGUACAUCUGAGCUCAUCUGAGCGAGAUAAGAUGUUUUUAAAAUGUCAGACACGCACAAAGCAUAAGUUCCACUUUAGGGACUGCCACAACAAAAUAUAGAUAUGCUUCAAAGAUGUACAGGAAAUUUGGAAGUCUUUUGAUAACAAUUGUAAUUAUGUCAUGUAUACAGAAAACUAAAGUUAUUCAAGUAUUCAAUAGUAUUUACUUCUGUCUAUACCUCGUACAGCAAUUAUACAACAAAAGAGCGUACGGCAAUUAUGCAACAGUGACAUUUUCUUCAGAACACCUUGCAAGUCUAGCGGGUGUUCAAACAUUUUGUCCCAUGUUCAUUGCUUUAAGUUUAAAGUGUGAAGGAAACAUAUUUAUGCACUUUACCGGGUCUUAAUGUUUGACUAUGCCCAGUCUAAUUCUGAUGCCAGAAUGAAAUAUCACAAGGGAAUACGAGAUGAGAAACAAUAGACGGUAUGCAUGUCGAACGCUCAUCACCCAAGAAAGAAAGAAAACAUUUUACAAAGAAAGCUAACCAUGAAUUACAGAGGUUUGUCACACACUGCGUCAUUUCGCGCUUAGUAGUCCAUGUCUGGCAUAAAUGGACAGGGUCAAAUUUCAUGGCUCUGCUUACUCUAAGCAAAGAAUCAGCACUUACAGAAGCAGGGCAUCCCACGCUUACUUCAAGCCUAUUUCACGGGUUAGCAGGGAAUUUUUUGCCUGUGCGCAUGCGCACUCCACUUUACUAGGCAUUCUUUGCCCACACAGCUAGUGCAGAAAUUUGUGCUUGCUUCGUAAUGGGAGACUUUCU